UUCUUUAGAUUCAAAUGUUUGGCCUUGUGUUUCCAUUUAAUUGUUGUUCUCAAUUCUUCAUUUUCAAUGUUUUCAAUUUAAUUGUGAUAAUGAAAUUAGAGUAAAUCUGAGGAUUGACUUUUCAUUUCUCCUUAAUGAUAAAAGAAAAAACCAAUAAUCAGUUAAAAAUGUUAUUCUUUAAAAAGAAACACUGAUAAUCUUUAUUACUCUUGUUACUUUUUCCAUUCCUUUUUGUUUCAUUUUCUCUUUUUUUUUCUUAUUCUUUUCUAUCUGUUUACCUAUUUCAUCAAUUCAUUUUGGUUCACUGAAAACUGAUCACUGACCUAAGCGGAAAUAUCUUAUCAACCUGGAUCACUGAUUUAUCAUCUGUAACAUCACCAUUGCCAACACCCUCUCUCUCUCUCUCUCUCACUCUCACUGCUCACCAUCUCUCUCACAUGAAUUAGAUUCUCUUUCAUUGGAUUGAAUUUUGUCCUGUGUUGUGUUGGCUUUGUCUCUCUCACUCUCUGUUUCUGGUGCCAUAAAUUUACUAUCCUGUGUUUAUUUUCAUCUCUGGUCACCUCAUAAUCUAAAUUGAUCUGAUUAUGUCCCCUAAUCGAGUUAAUCAUCAUCCUGGUGAUAAGCCAGUUCUUGAUGGUGAAACCUACAUGGGACCCAGAAGGCAACAUUACAUUUAUUAUAAAUGUCAUUUAAUUAUCAAUCUUAUCAAAUGGUUACCUGUUUUCUUCAUUAGUUCGGUUCUUUCAUGGGGCUACUAUGCAUAUGUUAUCCAAUUAUGUAUAUUUAAUAUGGAUUCUGUGAUACUUCAAAUAGUUUGUGUAACGUUUUUUCAUUUCCUUUUUAUCAUGACAUUUUGGUCAUAUUUCCAAACCAUUUUCACAAACCCAGGAAUGAUUCCUAAAAAAUUUUGGUUAACCACGCGUGAUAAUGAGCGUUUAAUGAUGAAUGAUGAUAGACGAAGUCAAAUUAUUCAACAAAUUGCUUACGAAAGAGGAUUACCAAUAAAUUGUCUAGAUGCUACUGGAUCUCCUCGUGUUUGCGACAAAUGUAACAUAAUUAAACCAGAUCGAGCUCAUCAUUGUGCUGCUUGUAAUACUUGUGUCCUUAAAAUGGAUCAUCAUUGUCCAUGGGUCAACAAUUGUGUCUCAUUUACAAACUACAAAUUUUUUGUACUAUUUCUUGCCUACGCUUUUUUCCUGUGUCUUUUUACGGCUGCAUCAUCGUUACACUAUUUCCUACUCUUUUGGAGAAAUCAAUUAACUAAUGAUGGAAGAUUUCACAUAUUAUUCCUAUUUUUUGUAGCCAUCAUGUUUGCCAUUUCACUUGUUAGCCUGUUUGGUUAUCACCUUUACCUUGUCACCCUUAACAGGUCAACCCUUGAAUCUUUCCGACCACCAAUGUUUUCCCUUGGUCCAGAUAAAAAUGCCUACAAUUUGGGUCGAUUUCAAAAUUGGGUUCAAAUUUUCGGUAAAAAUAAGAUUAAAUGGUUCUUCCCAUUAUAUACAAGCCUCGGUGAUGGUAUUAUUUAUCCAUCUAAAGCCUCACUGGAAGACUACGAAGCAAAUUCCGGUCAAUCUACUCAGUAUUUCGUUCAGCAGCAACACCAACAUCAACAUCAACACCAACACCAACACCAACAUCAUCAUUCACAACAACAACACAUUGAAAAUGAAGACUCACAACAAAACAGACUUAAUGAACAACCAAACAAUCAGCAACAAGCAUCGCCUUUCAAUUCAAAGUUAACACGAGGAGCCUACGAGCCUGAUGAUGAUCCAGAGCAUGGUAAAGAUGAUUCUGAGCCUCCAUCUUAUGGUGUUGCCUUAUCCAUGGAGAAUGACAAGAAUGAUCAGAUUACAAAUGAUUCCAAAGGAACCCAAUCAUUUCAAUCUUCUUGAAUUCUUCAAUUGAACUGCAAGACUAGCCAAUUAUCUAAAUCAUCAUCUAAUCACAAAUCUAUUAUUAUAUCCAUCCUAAUUUCCUGUUAACCCUUUCCUUCAUGAUCAUUUACAAAUCAUCUGCUCAUCGUUCUCAAAGAAAUAUUAUCAAUCACCCAAACAGUGUGUUAACCAAUCGUCCUAAAAGUAACUUAAUCAACAAUUAACUGUCCAAGUUACCAAAACAAACGAGACGAAGGCAAUAAUCAUCCAAAUAUAACUACGAAAGCACAACGAAUCAAUUACUAUCUUUACAACAACAUCCCCACACUUAUACAAACAAAUGAUUACUUGUUAUUCAGAAUUGGAAUCAAUUAGGAUAAUUACAAUUCUACCUCCUUGUUUAACUACCAUCACCACUGUUUACCCAAAAAUCAUCAUCACUAUUAAUAUCAUUUGAUCAUCUAGCCCACCUCAUCCUCUUUUUUUUUCCUACUCUUCAAUUUUCACCUCUGUGGAUAAUAAAUCACAUAGGAUAGACUAUUUUCAAGACUUUUCCUUUUGCCUUAAUUAGAUUAACUCUUUCUUUUUUUAUAAAUCACAAAAACUCAAUACAAAAUAAAGAGAAAUUGACGAAAAUGAUUAA